UGCAUUCUGGGGAAAGGGAUAUGACGUCACUUCUCUUGACUUCCACUGACGGGAGAGGCGUAACGUCACGUGUGAUUGGUCGUUUUGGUUUUUGCUCCGGGCUGGUCAGAUAAGUGAUCGGUAAAGGGAUACUUGUAGAAGAAGUAAGGAGGGAUAAAAGGUGACAGCAUGGAUAUGGAGAUAUAUAUGGUAUGCAUAUCGGAAGAAAAGGCUAAGUCUCCUGUUUACAGAGCAUCAAAAUGACAAUGGCUUUCUGCAUAUGGAGAGCAUCUACAGGAAGAAACUGGUGUCAAGGACGAAGGCUUCUGAUUGAACAGAGAAGUGGAUUCAGAAGGGUUCCAAAGAAGCCAGAGAGAAUUGAAUCUGAGGUUCGGAAUGGCAAUGAGACGCUUAAAAGUAGCUUUACACCAUCUGUGGCAGAACCUAUCUACCCAACACGUACCAACAUGCUUAAACAACUUUACAAGCCUUUUCUUUUCACUGUUGGGUUUUCAGGUUGCUCUUUUGGAAUUGCUGCUAUUUGGCAGUACGAGACAUUAAAAAAUCGGAUGAAGAGUUAUCUAGAUGACAUUCAAGCAGAUUGGAUGGAGAAGUUACGCCCACCGAAACAUGGAGACCUCAGGAAGCGGGUGAACGAGUGGUGGAACGGGCUUAGUGAUGGCCAGAGAACUGUGUCAGGCCUAAUUGCAGCUAACGUAUUGGUGUUCUGUCUCUGGAGAGUCCCUGCCAUGCAACGCACAAUGAUCCGAUAUUUCACAUCAAACCCUGCAUCUCAGUACCUCUGCCUACCCAUGAUUCUGUCCACAUUUAGCCACUUCUCUCUCUUCCAUAUGGCGGCAAAUAUGUAUGUUCUAUGGACAUUUUCCUCCAGUAUUGUCUCUUUUUUGGGGCAGGAACAGUUUUUGGCAGUCUACAUGUCAGCAGGAGUGGUGUCCACAUUUGUAAGCUAUGUCUGCAAAAUAGCCACAGGACGCUUUGGCCCAUCCCUUGGAGCUUCUGGAGCAAUCAUGACGAUCUUGGCGAUGGUGUGUACCAAGAUGCCUGAAGCUAAAUUAGCCAUUAUUUUCCUCCCCAUGCUCACAUUUACUGCAGGAAAUGCUCUGAAAGUUAUUAUUGCUUUGGAUUCUGCUGGUCUGCUCCUGGGAUGGAAAUUGUUUGACCAUGCAGCUCAUCUAGGAGGGGCUCUCUUUGGAAUUUGGUAUGCCUUGUAUGGUCACGAACUUAUAUGGAAAAAGAGGGAACCUUUAGUGAAAUUGUGGCACGAUUUCCGGAGCAACCCCCCAAGGACUGGAGGAUCUUGACAUCAACCAUUAGAGAAGAACAAUAAUACAGUCACAGUAGCUUUUAGCUGGUACUAUCAGCUCAUAAAGAUACUCCACAUACAAUUUUCUGAUGUAUUUUGACAUUUUGUUUAAUAUAUAUAUAUGUAUAAAGUAAAUCCAAUCAUACUUUUGAGAAUGCUUUAAUGUCUGUAGUAUGUGUUUAUUGUUUGUUACCCUGAUGACAGUAGGAGCUGCUGAUGUUUUGCGUGUUGCAAAGAAAGUGGACAUGUUAUGAUGCUACAUAAUAUAUUUGAGCCUUGCUUUUAGUGGAAAAUGGCAAAAGAACCUGAGCAGCAGGAGGCAUAGAACUUUUUUACAUUAACACCAUUUCCUUUUCCUAGUGAUUUGUACCGUAACGAAUAGUGCCUGUUUACAUAUUUGUAAUUAAUUGCAUAAAAUGCUUACCUUUGGUCUA